UUUCCUUUAUUGGUUCAACUUCUUCCUUCUUCCCCAGACUUCCUCUGUCCCCAUCUAUCGUCUCACUCUUCCCUGCAAACGAACACGACGAUGAUGGUUUCAAGUUGGCGACAGUCAAAACACUACCGGCGAUGGUCAUGGAGCUUUCGGAUUCCAGAUCUACCACCAGUCCUCCUUCGCUCGAUAGUAGCCGCCGCCAUUCAUGAGGGGUUCGCACUGCAUAGACAAUUCCAGAUCUACCGCCAGUCCUCCAUCGCUCGAUAUCGAAUCGGACAACAAGUUCUCGUACAGACGUCGUAUAGUGGUUGAGGCUUUGGCAGGAUUUGGCUGGAAAGCAGAGCAGUAGUCUGAGGAUGGCCAACCCUUGCAAGCCCGAAUCGCACAUCGCCUACGCCGCCGCAAAGGGAGUCAACCUCACGACCUUCGAUUCUGCCGACGAGCUCGAGAAGAUGAGCCGGCUCCACCCGAAUUCUAAAUUUCUCAUCAGUAUCAAGCCGCCGGAGAACGGCGGCGCGAGGUGCCAGCUGGGCGACAAAUACGGAGCACUCCCCGACUAGAUCGACCCCCUCCUCGCCAAAGCACAAUCCCUCUGCCUCUUCACUAGCAUCUUGAUGUCCUCCCUCUCCAUGUUCUCUUCCUUCCCUGUUCAAUCCGAAGGCUUGUCAUCGGCGGUCGCCAUCUCGACGAUGAUUUCGUCUCGACGCCGGAGUGCAGCAUCCACCUCCUACUUGACUGAAACAGGGACGAUUGCAGGGCGAAAGGACGAAGAAAGGAUGGGGAGAAAACAAUCUGAAAUUGUUUGUGGCGGUGGGAAAUGGGAAGACGCGUAGGGAUAAUUAUUUCAAUUUUUAAUUUUAUUAUUUAUUGGGUUAAUGGACCCUUUUACCCUUGUUUUUAUUAUAACACUACUUCUAGUGUUGUUAUAGUACCCGGAGCCGGCUAAAAACUUUCUUGAUAGCUCAAAUAAAAUUAACGUGAUGUUUGAAUGAAAUAAAGUGUGGGGU